UAGAGGACAAAAUGCACCGCUUUUCUACAAUGAAACAUGUGUGGAUCUCUGUCUUGCUGGUGUGCAUAACUUGGCAAGUGAGUCUUGGCCAGACCACAGCAGAGGCAUUGAAAGAGGCAGAGGCUAAUGACAACAUCACCAUCUUCACACGGAUACUGGACGGACUCCUGGACGGCUACGACAACAGACUCAGACCAGGACUUGGAGAAAAGGUCACGGAGAUCAAAACCAAUAUAUUUGUCACAAGCUUUGGCCCAGUUUCAGAUACUGAAAUGGAAUACACCAUCGACGUGUUUUUCCGACAAAGCUGGAAAGAUGAGCGCCUUUGUUUCAAAGGACCCAUGGAGAUGCUGCCUCUGAACAACCUCCUGGCCAGUAACAUCUGGACCCCAGACACCUUCUUCCUCAACGGGAAAAAGUCUAUCGCCCACAACAUGACCACACCCAACAAGCUACUGAGACUGAAAGAUGACGGGACGCUGCUCUACACAAUGAGGUUAACCAUAUCAGCGGAGUGUCCCAUGCAGUUGGAGGACUUCCCAAUGGAUGCUCAUGCUUGCCCUUUGAAGUUUGGAAGCUAUGCCUAUCCAGUCUCUGAGGUGGUGUACCUCUGGCAAACUGGUGCUGCCAAGUCUGUAGUGGUGGCAGAAGACGGAUCCCGUCUCAACCAGUACCACCUGAUUGGCCAGACCGCAGGCUCUGAGGACAUCUACACCAGUCGAGGACAGUACACAGUCAUGAUGUGUCACUUCUACCUGAAGAGGAAGAUUGGUUACUUUGUCAUUCAGACCUACAUGCCCUGCUUCAUGACCGUGAUCCUGUCCCAGGUGUCCUUCUGGCUCAACCGUGAAUCUGUACCUGCCAGGACCGUCUUUGGUGUCACUACAGUGCUGACUAUGACUACUCUCAGUAUCAGCGCUCGCAACUCGCUGCCUAAGGUGGCCUACGCCACAGCCAUGGAUUGGUUCAUCGCUGUGUGCUAUGCGUUCGUGUUCUCCGCGCUUAUCGAGUUUGCCACCGUCAACUAUUUCACCAAGAGGAGCUGGGCGUGGGAUGGCAAGAAGGCCAUGGAGGCUCAGCACCCAAAGAAAAGGGACCCUAUGGUGCUUUCUAAGAAGCCCAACAACGUCUGUACAGCAGGAGUUAACUACACCCCCAACAUCACUAAGGAUAUCUCUAUCUCCACCAUCUCCAACAGCACCUCCAUACAACUAAGGUCAUCCGAAACCAAAGUCCUGGACCCCAAGAAAACCUACAACAGCGUGAGUAAAAUCGACAAAAUGUCCCGGAUAGUUUUCCCUGUCCUCUUUGGAACCUUUAACCUAGUGUACUGGGCUACUUACCUCAACAGAGAACCUGUCAUCAAAGGAGUCAACAUAUUGGCUCCAACAUAGUGUCUUUUUCAAACACACGACCCUACCUUCAACCAUAUUGGCCUACAAACUGCUAAAGGAAAUGCUACUGUAUCACAAAGGAUGGGAGAUGUCAUGGGUUCUGUCUUUCUCAUACUGUCAUUUGCAUGAAGCUUUUAGAGAGAUACUCUAACCAUGUUUGCCUUGGUAUUCCUUCUUUAUACCUACUGUACAUUGCUUUAAUUCAACAAUGACAUUUUGAAAGUGAAAAUCAAUGACAUUUUGAAAGUGAAAUUUGACAAGGACCUUUUGAAAUGCUGCAGUGUGGACAUUUGUCCUGGCCUCAAAUUAAUUGAAAACUGUCAUGGCAUUUAUGUUGUUGUUUAUAACCUUGUCAUCUUGAAGAGUAAGAGACUGAGGAAUACCUGCUGUGUUAGUAGUAUGAAAUAAGAUAUCGGAAGCUAGGAUGUUAAGGAAAGUGGAGAAUAAUGUCAUUUCCAGUCAAUUUGUAUAAUACUUCAGCCAAAUCUCUCUUAUCUCUAUUGGAUACAUAUGUUGUUAUACUUUUGUCAUUUUUGCCCAUCACACAUGUACUGUUUGUACAAUUUAAAAUGUUACUUUUUCUUACCUCUAUCUAUAUAAUGUACAGAUUAAUAAUUUUUGACAUACUUGGGUCUAACUGUGGAGACAGAAGCAAAAUAAGACAGCAAGAUACAAUUCUGUGACGUAAUUGAUGAUACAGUCAAAUCAACCUGGGUGAAAGCGCACAGUCUGAACAUUCGAAUCAUUACCAAGUUAUAAAAUGGUUGAUAGAUAAGGUCUGACUUUUUCAAUUGCAAUGUAAGUGUUUUCCUAAACUAGAGGGAGUAGAUGUCUACUUUGAAGUAUUGAGCUGCCCUUUUGGUGUGAAAGGUUGAACUCAUGUACUGUAACAGGAUACGUUUUCAGGGUCGUGUUCAUUAGGCAUCAAAUGGGGAAAAACUGACUGAAACAGGGAGGGACUUCCUGGAUUUGUCCAAUAAGAAACACUUAUUAUCGUUUUCUGUUUCAAAACAUUUUGCUACGAUGUGCCCUACUGAACACAGCCCUCCAACACUGCUGUCCUAUCCUCAUUGUGUCAUGACCAGAUUGGCUCCAGUCCCUGAAGUCGGCUAGGAUCUAAUUAGCCUGGGAUAAUGAGCUUGUACCUGUUAAACACUCUAUCUGAUAUGGCCUCUGGAGAGAGAACCAACCACAGGGGACAGACCACCCACCCUCACCCCAGGCCCAGAACGCUUUGUUCAGGGUACGGGAAGGAGAGCAUGUGGGUAGGGCUCUGGGGCAUGGUGCCUCUGUGGUAACACAGAAAGAAGAAGAAUGGAUGAAACAAGAAAUAAUAAAUUUGAGCUUCAAGGCCACCUUACUGGGGAGAAAAAAGAAUCCCUACUUCAGUAAAAGAUGGAGAUACAGCCUAUAUGAAAGAAGCUGUUCCUGAGAAUCAUAUAAACUCGUUGACACAGCAUGUACAGAGAGAGAAUAU